AUUUGUUGUUGUGCGACUACAUGAGUAUCACAGUUGGGUUCGAGGUUAGCUUUGAUUAAACGUUCGAAAACGAUACAAAUGCAAUAAAAUGAAUUUUUCGAGAUGUGUCAGUUUGUUGAAAUUCGCGCAACGUCCUGUGCCAAAUGCGAAUGUCACACAGUCAUAUAGAUUAAGAUUUUUUUCUAAAAAAGUUCUGUUUACGUCGAAUUCACCACAAGUUAAAGUUCAAUCAAAUCCCGAUGAAUUUUUACCCGAGGAUUUGGAUGAUGGUUACGAAGAAGAAGUAGAAAAGGUUGAAAGACAAGUGAGAAAGAAAUAUGUCGUGCCUAAGAAAAAUUUUAGAAUUGACGAUGAUCCUAAGUAUCAGCGAGAUUCUAUUUUCAACACCAUUACAAGCUACGAUGGUGUAGCCGGUAAUGAAAAAAAUCAUUUCCAAGCUAGUCGUGAAAGAGAAGAAAGAUUGUACAAUAUUCUUGAGUCUCAAAGAAAUCAAACUCAAAGCAAAAAUAGUUUGUCUACAGAAGAAACUUCUGAAAAUGACAUUAAAGUUACAGAAUCAGAAGAUUCAGGAUUUCAAAGAUCUAAAACACUUGAAACUGUUGAUGGUAAAAUCAGUUUUGAUUUAGGGGUGGAUGAAUUUCACAAAGGAGAAUUUUUGAAAGAAUUUAAAAUGUCAUUACCCAAACCAUUGGAUGAGUGCCAGGAAGAUUUAUCAUCUGUUGGCCUUAAUCUAGCACCAACAUUUAAUUUUGCAGCGUAUGCAGAUCAUUCAGAGUUGAUACAACAGUAUGUACAUUUGGGUGUUGAUUUACAUAAAAUGGAAAAAAAUCAGGAUCACAUGAGAGCUUUACUUACUGUGGAUUACAAAAAAGAAUUACCAAUGUAUAUACAGUUUUUACACGAUUGUGGUGUACCAGCUGAUGAAUUGGGAGAGGUGAUAACAAAAGCUCCUUUAAUCUUAACUGAGGAUUUAGAUGAUAUGAAAGUAAGGAUUAGAUAUUUAGUGGCUCAUGAUUUCAACAAAGACAGCAUAGCACGAAUUAUUACCAAAAAUCCAGGUUGGCUUUUGUGGGCGACCAAAAAAAUUGAUGAAAGACUGGGACAUUUUCAAAAUGAAUUCAAACUAGCUAGUGCAGAAGUAAGAUAUUUGGCAACAAAAGCACCAAAAUUAAUUACUUUUAAUUUCAAACAUAUUCAUGAAAAUACAUUCGCUGUGAGAGAACAAAUGGGUUUCAAUAAAGCAGAACAAAAAGUUCUUUUACUUGUGAAGCCUCAAUUAUGGACACUAUCUCGAAAAAAAAUUAUGGAUUCAUUUCAUUAUCUUCAUAAUACUAUGAAGUUAUCACACACAAUGAUGGCAACACAAUCAGAUGUACUCAUCACAAGAAAAGUUCGUUUGCAAAAUCGACAUGAAUUUUUGGUAGAGUUAAAGAAAGCUCAGUACGAUCCAAAAUCGCAAGGGUACGUUGCUCCAAGAAGAGUUGCUGUUGGUUCAGAUGCAGAGUUUUGCUCUGAAGUCGCAAAAGUAUCUAUAGACACAUAUAAUUUGUUUUUAAAAACACGUUGAAUAUUGUAUAAUCUUUAUUAUGUGUAUAAAUAGACUUUAUUGUACAGUUUUUGAAAAAACAUGACUUUUUCUUU